GAUAUAGAGAGGAUUAAAACAGAUGACCACCUCCUGAAUGCCUACCUAGAACAUAACAAGUUUGAUAUUGAAAAGGCAGUUGCCUUCUUACAUACUUCGCUAGAAUGGCGAAAGUCAUUCAAUGUCAAAGAGUUGAGUGCUUCAUCAUUCCCACAAUCCUUGCACGAGUCGAAUGUAAUUUUCUUCUACAGCAGAGACAAAACAGGCCACAAAAUAUUGCAUCUGCAAAGUGUAAAAAUGAAAAAGGACUCGGCCUAUUCUGACAUGGUGAAGAGAUUUCUGGUAUGGCAAAUAGAGCAAGAGUUUAGAGCAAAUAUGGGCAAACGAAUUGUCGUCUUGCUGGAUAUGUGUGGCGCUGGGCUGGCAAACGUUGAUAUUAAUUUUAUAAAGUUUCUCAUCAGUUGCUUUGCUGCCAACUAUCCAUACAUGCUAGAAUAUCUCCUCAUCGUUGACCUACCCUGGAUUCUCAGUGCUGUCUGGCAGUUGGUUAAGAAAUGGCUGACAGCUGAACAGCAGAAGUUUGUUUUAGUCGUCAAGCAACAUGAACUGCCCAAGUACAUCGAUAAAGAAUCAUUAUUCAUUCAUUUGGGAGGAACGGUUGGUUUCGUUUUUUUAUGUUCUACAUCUUUAAAAGUAAUUGAUUUAAUAACUAAUCGAAUUUUGAAAUAA